CAUUUCACACACUUAAAUGAUGUAACUGAUGCAGGUACUGCGGCAGCGCUGGCAGGUGGCAUCACACUGAUCUGCGCAAUGCCCAACACUGCCCCUGCCAUCACAGACCAGGCCACGUUCUCGCUGGCCAAAGAUCUGGCGGCUGCCAAGGCGCGCUGUGACUACGCCAUCUUCCUCGGUGCCACCAGCGAUAACCACAACACCAUCCCGGAGCUUGCUCCUCAGGCCGCCGGCCUCAAGAUGUACCUUAACGAGACCUUCAACGCCCUCCGCCUCCGUGACCUCACCGACUGGGCUAGGCACUUUGACAACUGGCCGACCAAGUACCCCCUGUGUGUCCAUGCUGAGGGGCAGACAACGGCUGCUGUUCUGCUGUUGGCAACACUGCACAGCCGCCCCAUACACGUGUGCCAUGUUGCUCGCAAGGAGGAGAUACAGAUCAUCAGAGCCGCCAAGGAGAAGGGUCUGCCAGUGACGUGCGAGGUGUGCCCACACCACCUGUUCCUCACCAAUAAGGCGGUGGAGAAGUUAGGCGAGGCCAAGUCCCAGGUGCGACCUAUACUCUGCUCCGAGGAGGACCAGCAGGCACUCUGGGAUAACCUGGACAUCAUCGACUGCUUCGCAACCGAUCACGCUCCGCACACGUUGGAGGAGAAGACUAGCGAGCGACCGCCGCCAGGGUUCCCGGGACUGGAGACUAUGCUGCCUCUGCUGCUCACUGCCGUUAAUGAGGGCAAGUUGACUAUAGAGGAUCUGGUGAACAAGUUGCACCGCAACCCUCGCCGGAUAUUUCAGCUGCCUGAGCAGGAGCACACGUACGUGGAAGUAGAUAUGGAUGCCGAGUGGACGAUCCCUGAGGCCAUGCCCUUCAGCAAGUCCCAGUGGACACCUUUCGCAGGCAUGAAAGUCAAGGGCAACGUCCACCGUGUUGUCCUCAGGAAGGAGGUGGCCUACGUGGAGGGUCAGGUGUUGGUGCCACCAGGAUACGGUCAGGAUGUGCGAGAGUGGCAGCCCUGCAAGAAGUCCUUGCUGUCCGCACUCAGCCUGGGGUCCUCCCUGGACAUCCACCUGCCGGCCAUCAAGACUGACCUGGAUCAGUCAGAUGCUGACGAUAGCCAUAACGAGAGUCACCCGAGGCUAGAGCUGUCCACGCCACACUCUAUGGACCACUCCCUGCUGAGGCCGGUGUCGCCGAUGCUGCUGGCCAAGGGGAAGAGUGACAGCAACCCCAACCUGCUGUCGCAGAGCACGCCCCACAGUCAUGGGCUGCAUGGUCAGCACAUCCUCAGUGUCGACAUGUUCACCAAGGAGCAGCUCAACGACCUGUUCAACCUGGCGCAGACCAUGCGGGUCUACGUGCUCAAGGACAGACCACUCGACCACAUACUCAGGGGAAAACUGAUGGCUUCCAUCUUCUACGAGGUGAGUACGAGGACAAGCAGCAGCUUCAGUGCUGCCAUGCAGCGGCUGGGAGGCAGAGUGGUGCAAGUGGACGAGUCCAGCUCUUCGGUCAAGAAGGGGGAGACUUUGGAAGAUACAGUGGCAGUGAUGGCGGGCUACGCCGAUGUUGUCGUCUUGAGACACCCUGAACCUGGCGCUGUUUCUAGAGCUGCGCAACACUGUCGGAAGCCACUGGUGAACGCAGGUGACGGGGUUGGAGAACACCCCACGCAGGCUCUGCUGGACGUUUUCACCAUCCGAGAAGAGAUCGGCACAGUCAACGGCCUCACUAUCACGAUGGUGGGCGACCUGAAACACGGCCGAACCGUCCACUCUCUCGCCAGGCUGCUGACCCACUACAAUGUACAGCUGCAGUAUGUGAGCCCUGCAGGUCUGGGCAUGCCGCUACAUGUCGUGCAGUACGUGGCGGGCAAGGGUAUAUCACAACACGAGUACCGCACCCUGGAAGAGGUCCUGCCCGACACGGAUGUCCUCUAUAUGACCCGGAUACAGCGAGAACGCUUCCCCUCCCAGGAGGAAUAUGAUAAGGCCUGCGGCCAGUAUGUGGUGACACCCCAGCUGCUGACCAAGGCCAAGCGCAAGAUGGUGGUGAUGCACCCUCUGCCUCGUGUAUUUGAGAUCAGCGUGGAGCUGGAUUCAGACCCCCGCGCCGCGUACUUCCGCCAGGCCGAGUGUGGCCUGUACGUACGCAUGGCUCUGCUUGCUAUGGUCCUCGGACGAGCCUGAUUGCUCACAUCACAUGACAUAAUACUAUCUUCGUUAAUAGAUGUAUAUUUUUGUACUGAAAUAUAGAGUAUACUUUGUAAUAAA